GAGCUACAAAAAAUGAUCAAUGUUUGCUAUUCAUUUGUACCAGUCUCCUAAAAUGAUAUUAAGUAUUAGAAUCACAUAACAAUUUAAAAUUGCCUAAAUGGAGCAGAGGAUUUAUCUUGGGGCAUAAGUGCCUGCCUUGCAAGCAUGCAGUUGUGAGUUCAAUCCCUGGUACUUUUUUUUUUUUGUAACAAUUUUUAGAGUGGAUAGUAUUUUGAAAGCAGUCCUGCAGGGCAGUGAGUCAGUUAACCAUCAGAAUUACUUAGCAGGAAUCAAACUAAAUUUGUCAUCAUAAAAAAUAUUGCUAAUGUGGAACCUUUUCCAUUGUGAUUGAUAUCUUUUUUAUUUCUGCACAGAUGUGAUGAAGACAAUUAUUUGAGAAUUGAAGGGCAGCCAUAUAAAUGUAAUGAAGAUUUAGAGACCUGCAGUGAUUUCCAGUCCUUUCAGAAGCAUGAAAUGAGGAACACUGUAGAGAGACCCAGUGAAUAUGGAAAAAAUGAGGAGGAGAGAUCUGAUCUUAGUGAAAAAAUUCACUCCGGGCAGAAAAUUUUUGUAGGUAACAAAAGUGUGAAAGCCCAUGCAACAACUAACUGUGUUCAAACCCCCAAGACAAACCGCAAUUUGGGAAACUCCUAUGUACAAAAACACUAUGAGAAUAUUUCUAUUUCUUCAUCCAAUAUUGAAAAACCUGUUAGAAAAUAUGGUAGAGAGAAAUAUCAUAUAAUUGAAAAAUGUGCAAAAGCAUUAUCUCACAGUACUUUCUUUAAAAAACAUAAGAAACUUCACACUGGAAAGCAACCAUAUGAAUGCAAGCAAUGUGGGACAGCAUUCAGUAAACUCAGUGGCUGUCAAAGUAAUAAAAACAUUCACACUGGGGAGAAAUCCUUUGCAUGCAACAAAUGUGGGAAAGCAUUCAGUACAGCCUAUGCUUGUAAAGUACAUGAUAGAAUUCACACUGGGGAGAAAUCCUUUGUAUGUAAGCAAUGUGGGAAAUCUUUCAAUCAAAAGUCUAACCUUCUUAGACAUGAAAGAAUUCACACAGGGGAUAAACCCUAUGUAUGCAACAAAUGCGGGAAAGCAUUCAGUACAUCCUCUGCUUGUAAAGCACAUGAUAGAAUUCACUCUGGGGAGAAACCCUUUGCAUGUAACAAAUGUGGGAAAUCUUUCAAUCAAAAGCCUAGCCUUCUUAUACAUGAAAGAAUUCACACUGGGGAGAAACCCUUUGCAUGCAACAAAUGUGGGAAAGCAUUCAGUACAGCCUAUGCUUGUAAAGCACAUGAUAGAAUUCACACUGGGGAGAAACCCUUUGCAUGUAAACAAUGUGGGAAAUCUUUCAGUCAAAACAGUGACCUUAUUAAACAUGAAAGAAUUCACACUGGGGAGAAAACCUUUGCAUGCAACAAAUAUGGGAAAGCAUUCAGUACAUCAUUUGCUUGUAAAGUACAUGAUAGAAUUCACUCUGAGGAGAAACCCUUUGUAUGUAAGUAUUGUGGGAAAUCUUUCAAUAAAAAGACUAACCUUAUUAGACAUGAAAGAAUUCACACAGGUGAUAAACCCUAUGUAUGCAACAAAUGCGGGAAAGCAUUCAGUACAUCCUCUGCUUGUAAAGCACAUGAUAGAAUUCACACUGGGGAGAAACCCUUUGCAUGUAACAAAUGUGGGAAAUCUUUCAAUCAAAAGCCUAGCCUUCUUAUACAUGAAAGAAUUCACACUGGGGAGAAACCCUUUGCAUGCAACAAAUGUGGGAAAGCAUUCAGUACAGCCUAUGCUUGUAAAGCACAUGAUAGAAUUCACACUGGGGAGAAACCCUUUGCAUGUAAACAAUGCGGGAAAUCUUUCAGUCAAAACAGUGACCUUAUUAAACAUGAAAGAAUUCACACUGGGGAGAAACCCUUUACAUGCAACAAAUGUGGGAAAGCAUUCAGUACAGCCUCUGCUUGUAAAGUACAUGAUAGAGUUCACACUGGGGAGAAAUCCUUUGUAUGUAAGCAAUGUGGGAAAUCUUUCAAUCAAAAGUUUAACCUUCUUAGACAUGAAAGAAUUCACACUGGGGAGAAACCCUUUGCAUGCAACAAAUGUGGGAAAUCUUUCAUUCAAAAUAGUGACCUUAUUAAACAUGAAAGAAUUCACACUGGGGAGAAACCCUUUGCAUGCAACAAAUGUGGGAAAGCAUUCAGUACAUCAUUUGCUUGUAAAGUACAUGAUAGAAUUCACUCUGGGGAGAAACCCUUUGUAUGUAAGCAUUGUGGGAAAUCUUUUUAUAAAAAGACUAACCUUAUUAGACAUGAAAGAAUUCACACAGGUGAUAAAACCUAUGUAUGCAACAAAUGCGGGAAAGCAUUCAAUACAUCCUCUGCUUGUAAAGCACAUGAUAGAAUUCACACUGGGGAGAAACCCUUUGCAUGUAAACAAUGUGGGAAAACUUUCAGUCAAAACAGUGACCUUAUUAAACAUGAAAGAAUUCACACUGGGGAGAAACCCUUUGCAUGCAACAAAUGUGGGAAAGCAUUCAGUACAUCCUCUACUUGUAAAUCACAUUAUAGAAUACACACUGGGGAGAAACCCUUUGUAUGUAAGCAAUGUGGGAAAUCUUUCUGUCAAAGCAGUCACCUUAUUACUCAUGAAAGAACUCACAACCUAUAGAACAUCUAUGGUACAACCAAUAUACCAAAACAUUCAGUAUACAGAAGUGCUGAAAAUGAACCCUUUCCAUUGAUGUAAGUAAUUUGUGUUGUAUUUUAGCUAUAAUAGUAGCUUUUUUGUAUAGAAAAAAAUUCACUCUAUAAAAAAAUCCCUAUCUAUAUGAGAAAUGAGUAAAUGGAUUUGUUUAUACAUUCUCACUUUAUAACAUCAAAUAUAUCACACUGGGAAAAAAUCCUAUGAACAUAAGGAAUAUAGAAAGACUUUCCAUACCAUUGAGAUUGCCACUACAUUUAAGAACUCCCUCUGUGUAGUAAUUCUAUGCAAUUGAACAAUGGUAGAUCAUACAUAGCACACAAAAAUGCCAUAGGGAAAUUUUGCAUACAAGGAAGAUAUCAUAUAUAUGUAGGCAGUGUGGCAAAGAUUUGCUGCAGUGCUUCCCUUUUGAAAACAUAAGAUUCUUCUCACAUUGGGGAGUAACUGCAUGUAAGGAAGUUUUGGUAAAAGUUCAGCUGAUAGCUGCUAACCUUCUGAGUGAUGUCAUACUAUGGCCCAAGAUUAUGUAUGCAAUGUGGGAAAGUAUACAGUAUACACGUUUAUUGUCAAAAGUGUGAAAGUAAUCCGAGUUAAGUGAAAUCAUACAUAUGUAAGGGACUAUUUUGAAAAUAAUUUCAAAAUUAGUCAUGUAGAGGAGACCUGCCAAAAUAUUAUAAAAUAAUUUCUGUCAAUAUAUGCUCAUACAUUUUUGAAGACAACCUGA